GCAGAUGCCUUUUGAUUGCAAGACUGCUGAAAUGCUUUGAGGGCUGCUGCUCCUAUCCUAACCAUGAACAGUUCAAAAUCACCAGGACUGGCUGGAUUUGGAGUCUUGAAAAACACAACCUGCCACACAGAGAAAAAGAUUUCAGUUUUCUUUUCGAUAAUCUUCAUGACGGUGGGAAUCUUGUCCAACAGUCUUGCAAUAGCAAUUCUUAUGAAGGCAUACCAGAGAUUUAGACAGAAAUCAAAAGCCUCCUUUUUGCUUCUUGCCAGUGGUUUGGUUGUGACAGAUCUCUUUGGCCACCUCAUCACUGGAGCCAUCGCGGUGUUUGUGUAUGCAUCAGAUAAAGACUGGAUUCGAUUUAACCAAUCCAACAUUCUUUGCAGUGUUUUUGGCAUCUGCAUGGUUUUCUUUGGUUUGUGCCCACUGUUCCUGGGCAGUGUGAUGGCUGUUGAACGGUGCAUUGGAGUCACUAAGCCAAUAUUUCACUCUACAAAAAUGACUUCUAGACAUGUGAAAAUGAUGUUGACUCUGGUAUGUCUGUUUGCUGUUCUUAUAGCUUUGCUGCCUAUUCUUAGGUUUAGAGCCUACCAAAUUCAAGCAUCGAGGACCUGGUGCUUCUAUAAAACAGAACAUGUUGAGGACUGGGAAGACAGAUUUUAUCUCUUACUUUUUUCUUGCCUUGGGUUACUGGCCCUUGCUAUUUCAUUCUUGUGCAAUGCUGUCACAGGAAUUACCCUCUUAAGAGUCAAAUUUAAAAGUCAACAAAGACAAGGCAGAUCUCAUCAUUUUGAAAUGAUCAUUCAGCUCUUGGCUAUAAUGUGUGUUUCUUGCAUUUGCUGGAGUCCAUUCCUGGUGACAAUGGCCAGAAUUGGGAUUAAUGGGAGUCAUUCAAAGGAGACCUGUGAAACGAUACUUUUUGCUCUCCGAAUGGCCACGUGGAAUCAAAUUUUAGAUCCCUGGGUGUACAUUCUUCUCCGGAAGGCUGUACUUAAAAACCUGUACAAGAUCACAAGGGGAUGUUGUGGUGUGCACAUCAUAAACUUACACAUGUGGGAACUCAGCUCCAUCAAGAAUUCUUUGAAGGUUGCAGCAAUAUCUGAGUCACCAGUAAGUUCCAAACAGAUCAACCUACAGCCGCUCAGCUCUAUGGGACAGCACAGUCUAUGAAGAGACAAUGGAGGCAACGCUCAGACAUGGACAGUACCUUAAAUGAAUUCCAAGGCUUAGUGGUUGGCAUUUGUUUUAAAUUGGAGUGGUUUGCUCUUGUUGCUUAUCAGUUUGAUAUUGCUACUCCAAAAGAUGCCCU